AUGCCUCGGAGAUUUCAGCAGAACAUAGGGCUGUUAAUACUGUCGGCGGUGCUCUUGUGGUUGGCAUCAUCAAAAUCAAACGGAGUCGAUGGAUUCUUAAUGUUGGCGAAGACGCGCGUCAAAGUGUUCAACUAUUUGGAGCACCAUCAGGAUCUGAUCCUUCAUUGCAGAUCAGAAGACGACGACCUGCAACCUCAUCGGAUUGGUUAUGGCGAGCACUUCGAGUGGUCGUUCCGUGUGAAUUUCUUUGGGAGGACUCAGUACUAUUGUAGCUUCCAAUGGCCUGGUGCUGCUCUUAAAUGGUUCGACAUAUACAUUGGAUGGAGAGACGAUAAGCUUUGUGAUACAUGCUUGUGGGGAAUUUGGGAAGAUCGACCCUGCAUGCUUAAUACUACUGAUUAUCUUGGCCAUUGCUUUGAAUACAAUCGAUCCUAA